AUGGAAAACCUUAGAGGAAUCUAUCUAAGUCUGUUCAUAUCUAUCUAUCUAUCUCAGUCUGUUUCUAUCUGUCAGUCUGUUCAUAUUUAUCUAUAUCUGUUCAUAUCUAUGUCAGUCUGUUCAUAUCUAUCUAUAUCUGUUCAUAUCUAUCUAUCUAUCUAUCUCUCUCAGUCUGUUUCUAUCUGUCACGUAACCCAAAUUUUAACUUCUUCACAUCCCUGUGUCUCUCCCAUUUUGUCUCUCUCUAAUCUCGGCUACAGCUCAGCGCGAUUUCUUAGGCUUCCGUUUACUUUCUUUCUUUGUCUUAAUUCCUUUUGUUUUUCUUUUCGAUUUUCUCUUCAUCUUCUCUAUUUUUUCUGCCGCGAUUCUUACCAUUUUCUUUAUGAUUUUUAUCUUUUUCAUUCUUUCUUUUUUCACCAUUUCUUUUCGACAUUACUUUCUUUCUUUCCCUUCUUUCUUUAUCUUAAUUGCUUUUCUUUUUGGACUUCCCCUUUUCUUUCUUUCUUUUUUGCCUUCCUUCUUUCUUUUUUCUUUUUUUUCUUUUUUUUUUCAUUCUUUGCCAUAAUUCCUUUUCUUUUUCAACUUGCAUUCUUUUUAUUGAUUUUCUUCCUGUGUCUUAAUUUCUGUUCUUUUUCAUUUUCCCCUUGCCUUCUUUUCAUUAUUUUUCCUUCUUUGUCUUACUUCCUUUUCUUUUUCGCUUCAACCUUGUCUUCUUUCUUUUCAUUCUUUCUCUAUCUUUAUCUUAAUUUCUUUUCUUCCUCUCCUCCUUUCUUUUCAUUCUUUCAUUGCCUUAGUUAA